AUGGAGGUGUAUGAAAAGAGCAAGACGGUCGACCCGGAGGUGCGAGCCUACAUCAACUCGCUCGUCAGCGCCGUCGGCGGCCAGUCCACCCUCGACGACCGCUACGAGAUUGGUGAUUCUGCUCUCGCGGUGCUCAACGACAUCCUCCGCUGGCUGCGCCUGUACGACGACAAGCUCGACCGCUACGACGUGAAGCGAUGUCUCGCCGACUCCAACCUCGUCAAGAGCGACUUGCUGGAGAUCCUGGCGCUAUGGCCCGAGGAGCAGCAGGAUAACGCCUGGAAGGCCAAGUUGGCCCUGGCUUGUCUACAGCUGAUCGCAACCCUGACAUGGCCCAUGGAGGUGAAAGAAGAGAAGACCAAGAUCAACCAUGUGCGACAUAUGCCGGUGUUGCAGUUGGCGCAAGUGGGCUACAAGCGAGCAAUUCUGCACUUCGAGGGUGCCAGCAUUCUGCGGACCAUGGUGAGGGCGGGACUGCCGGCGAUGGCUGUUGAAAGGAGAGACAGGAGUAGGAGGGAUGAAGGAGUGAUCAAGCUGGUGUUGCAUUGCUUCAAGAAUGUCUGCAUGAUCACCCAACCGCAGCAUCUGCCGAGUCUGGGAGAUGAGAACGAGGUCAGCCGAUCUGCCACCAUUGACGCCUUCCAUGAGCAGGAUGUCUUCAGUCUCUUAUUGACGAUCGGGAGUGGCGUGGGUGACGAGUUCCGAGAUCACGAUGUGGUGGUCAUGGAGACGUUGUUCCAUCUCCUGAAGGGCGUAGACGGCAGGAAGCUAUUCAUGGAGGACGAGCAGAUGAGGACGGCCGAAGUCGACGAGCUGCAGACUCUGAUGCGCAAGGAGAAAGCCAUGCUCAACAGCUAUAAGAAGCAUGCCCCAACGAGGCACAAUAGGUUCGGCACCAUGGUCUGGGUCAAAACAGGCGACAACAAGGUAUCCACCAUGAGUGGGCAGAACAGCAUCACGGACGCCUCGAAUACGCUGCAGCAGAUGGAUGCGAGCAAGAAGUAUAACCGGCCAAAGAACCGUGGAAAACAGACCGAGGAGCUGAAUGAGAGCGAGACCUUCGGUGGCCGUAUUGAGCUGACAGACUCAGCGCGUCGCCAUCUUCGCAGCUUCGUAGAAGACUUCCUCGAUUCGUCGUUCAACCCGCUUUUCUCAAGCUUGCGGAAGGCCAUGGAGAGUGAAUCCGAGCGCAUCGUGCCUUCCAAUUGUCGGCAGUUCUGGUAUCUGAUAUCUUGGUUCCUCAAUGCGGAGGCCGCACGCAGAGAGCAGAAGCAAGCGCAGGAGGCUUUAGAGGGUGAGGCCGAGGAGAACAGGUUCGCAUACAUUGCAGCAGUCCUCGACCAGGAGACUUUCGUCCUGCUUAACAGGAACAUGCAGCGUGCAUAUGACGAGAAGAUCUGGCAGGACCUCCGGGCCAUGCUGACUUGUCUCACACAGAUCCUGCUGACCGUACAGAGCAUGAGUGAGAGUAAGGACGAGGAAGAUCAGGAGAUCGCAGAGAACAUCUCGAACCGAAUCUUCUACGAAGAGACGACCCACGACCGCAUCGUCCAAGUCUGCCGGACAUAUUCAAACCAGGGCCUUGGCUAUCUGGAUGCUGUGACGGAGUGUGUGCAUGUCUUCGUCCGCAUGCUCGAGAACUACAGCAAGCAGAACGUCGGCCUUCAGAUCCGCUCCAAGCGACGCGCACGGCGGAAGAAGAAGACUCAGAACCAACAGCCCACCACCAACGAAGAUGGACAUGCCGAACCCGACGAAGACGCCGACCAAGACGCGGCGGACGAUGAGCGUGAAGCCCAUAUGACAGUCUCCGAGCGCAAGUUCGAUUUCGCCCGUUUCAGCGCGAAAUUCCUCUCGCAGGGCUGCGUCAACACCUUUGUCGCGCUGACGCAGUACUACGCGGAUCUGUCCACAUCACAGCUGAAGCGGUGUCAUCGCUUCUUCUACCGGCUGGCGUUCAAGCAAGAUUUGGCGGUUCUGCUUUUCAGGGUUGAUAUAUUGCUAUUGUUUCAGCAAAUGAUCAAGGGACCGGGUGGGCUGGAUCAUGGGAUUGAGGGGUGGAAGGAGUGGGAGACUCUUGUGCAGCAGGUGUUCAGGCGCUGCUUCAAGUGGAUGGAGCGGCAGGAGAAGGCGGAUGAGGAUGGCGGAAAGGGAUGGAAGGAGGCGGCGGUGGUCGAGAUGUUGUUCUCGAAGAUUCCUGGGACGGUGUAUUACCUGCAAAACGGGUUCGAGAGAGUCAUUCAAUGGAGGGCACCGCGGCCGCCGGCAGAGUUGGAGGUCAAGCCGAGUGUGAAGGACAUUCAGAAGAGGCUCGCGGUAGCUGUCGGUGUGAUGCUGGAGAUGGGCAAAGCUGAUGCUCUGGAAUGGGUGAAGAAGGAAGUUGGCAGAGCGGGCGAUGAGAGGCAGGCAUGGCAAGAUGAGAAGGAUGCCAGAAUGGACCUUGACCGUGAAGAUCAAGAAGGGGCAGAUCCUGCACCAUCGACCACGCCAGCAGCAACGACAAUCUUCUUGACCCCAGACGGCGAUGAGAGGAAAGAGGCUUUGUUCAAGGACAAAUACCUUCGCCUCCUAAUGACCACUCUCGGGAUGGAACGGCUGGGCUCCGCAGACGAUGUCGAUGCUUCCUGGGUCGUUCCUUACCAUAUCAGCGCCGCGGUACUCAAGGAGGCCCUCGACCACAUUCGCAAAGCCGAGCACGACCCCCCCAUUUUCGACGACGGCAAGAACGCACAAGACCUUAUCCGUCCGAAAUCCACCGCCCGCCGCGGCGCCGCCGCCCUCUCCGACGACGAAUCCAACGCCUCCCUCUCCGACGGCGAGGCCGAGUUCCCUGCCAACUUCCGCCACAAAGCUCCAGAAGGCGCCGAACGGCCUUCGAAGCGCCGACGGCUGACCAAGCGUAAUAAUGGCGAGCUGACGGAGGAGCAGGCGCAAGCAAAGGCAGACGCGAGGAAGAAGAAGGAGAAGGAGAAGAAUGCGAAGAUCAAGAGCGCCCUGUUCAUUACGGCAAGUGAUGAUGAGAGCGAUGCGGAGCGAGACCAAGAGUUCUUUAUGUUGGAGGAGGAGCGGAGGAAGAAAGUCAAGAGUGAGAUUGGAAAGGCUGUGAGGCAGCUGAAGGAGGGUGAAGGUGGUCAGGCUCUGGCUGGUGCGAACCCGAAGAAGGCUAGUAAGAAGAAGACCGCCGCAAAAGAGUCGAAGAGCAAGGCGCUGGUGGUGAGCGACGACAGUGACGCGGACUCGGAGACCUCAGAAGCAAAUGGAGCCACCCAAAGACCCCCCAAGCGCAUGCGCAUGAGCCUCUUCUCGGAAGACGAGGACAGUGCUCACCCUUCCGACCAUGCUGUGAGCGAAGAGGAAACUCCUUCGACCUCUCCGACUGCCUUGGAUGCGGAUCCAAGCUUGCCUUUGACGGAGGUCUCAGGCAACGCAGCUCCUGACAAACCACGACCUCCUAUCAUGGAAGAGGACGAGGACGAAGAGGACGAGGUGCCUGUGGUGAAGCCCGCAACGCAGAGAGGGAGGAGAAGAGGGGCGUUCAUUAUUGAUGACGAGGAUGAGGAUGAAUAG